AUGUUCAAUACAUUAUUAUAUUAUCGUUCAACAUCUCAAUUAAUUCUUAUGAAACGUUUUGUUGCUCUUAAAUCUAAUGGUGAUGUCGACGCUCAAAUAAAAUCAUUCAAUGAGAAGAAACAGUUUAAAAAAACAUUGGAAUUAUUUGAUAAAUACAAAGAAAAUGAUGUUAAAAAUUUAUCCAGUUUCAUAAUUACUCAAGCUUUAAAAGCAUGUACACAAAUGGGUGAUCUUCAACGUGGAUUGAUUAUUCAUUGUCUCAUUUCCUCUCGUAUAAAAACUGAUUGUUACAUAUCAGGAUCAUUAAUUCAUCUAUACAUGCAAUGUGGUGACGUUGUCCGUGCUCAAUCAGUCUUUGACAUGUCGAAAAACAAAACAAUAAUCAUGUAUGGAGCAAUGAUGAAAGGUUACAUAAAAAACAACAAGGCAGAAAAAGCCCUUCAACUUUUCAAUAAAAUUCAUGCACCUGAUGAAGUUAUUAUACUACUCUUGUUUAAUGCAUGUGCUCAAUUAGAAACUCUUGAUGCAUUAAAUUUAACAAAAAAAGUUUCAAAAGAAAUUCCAAAAUCUUUUUUUUCAAAUCCACGUCUUUUGACAUCUCUAUUGGAUGCAUUAAUGAAAUGUGGUGAUGUGAACAGUGCUGAAUCAUUAUUCAAUAAUUCCAAAGAGAAAUCAUUGUCAAUAUAUGGAGCAAUGAUGAAAGGUUAUAUAAAAAAUAAUAUGGAUGAUAAAGCAAUUGAUCUUUUCAAUAAAAUUCAAGCUCCUGAUGAAAUUAUUGUAACACUCUUAUUUAAUGCUUGUGCUCAAUUAGAAAACCGUGAUGCAUUAAAUUUAACAAAAAAAGUUUCAAAAGAAAUUCCAAAAUCGUUUUUUUCGAAUCCAUGUCUUUCAACAUCUUUAUUGGAUGCAUUAAUGAAAUGUGGUGAUGUGAAUAGUGCUGAAUCAUUAUUCAAUAAUUUCAAAGAGAAAUCAUUGUCAAUAUAUGGAGCAAUGAUGAAAGGUUAUAUGAAAAACAAUAUGCCGGAUAAAGUCAUUGAUCUUUUCAAUAAAAUUCAAGCUCCCGAUGAAAUUAUUAUAAUGCUCUUAUUUAAUGCAUGUGCUCAAUUAGAUACACCUGCUGCAUUAAAUUUAGCAAAGAAAGUUUCAAAAGAAAUUCCGAAAUCGUUUCUUUCAAAUUCAAAUCUUUCAACAUCUUUAUUGGAUGCAUUAAUGAAAUGUGGUGAUGUGGAAUAUGCUCAAACAUUAUUUCGUGCAUCAACAAUAAAAGUAUUAUCAAUGUAUGGAGCAAUGAUGAGUGGAUAUAAUAAAGAAAACAAUCUUUCAAAAGUAUUGGAUUUAUUUAAUCAAAUGAAACUUGAUCGUAUUGAACCAGAUAUUAUUAUUUAUCUUUAUCUUAUUAAAGCAUUAUCACACUAUGGUGAUGACUCAUUAAUUGAAGCGAUAGUUAAACAAAUUCCUAACUCUUUUCUUGUUGAUAAUCGCCUGCAAACCGCAUUAAUUGAUAUGAGGGAAAAAAUUGGAUGUGUUGAUGAAGCAGAACAAAUAUUUGAAAAAAUUCGGCAACCAGAUGAAAUCGGAUAUUCAACAAUGAUUAAUGCUUAUGGUUUGAAUGGAAUGGGUAUUAAAGCACUUGAACUUUAUCAUCGGAUGCCACGUGAAUUUAUAGAUGAAGUGACUGAUAUUUGUGUCUUAAAUGCAUGUUCACAUUCAGGACUUGUUAAUGAAGCUCGUUUAAUCUUCAAAAAUAUUCAAAUGAAAACAGAGAGAAUUUAUGGUACUAUGAUCGAUUGUCUUUCUCGUGCAUCUUAUUUUGAAGAAGCAGAAGAAUUAAUUAAUGAAUAUGAACGUGAUCAUUCACCUGUAUCAACUAUGUAUAUGGCAUUAUUAUCAGGUGCUCGAAAUAUUAAUAAUAGUUGUUUGUCACAAAAAGUUUAUGGUCGCAUGAAGAAGCUUUUUUCUGAUAUGAAAAAUCCAUUAACAUCAGCUGCUAUUCUUCUUGCCAAUGUUUACGGUUCAUCCGGUGAAAUCGACAAAGCAUCAGAUAUUAGAAUCGAAUUAAAUAAAUCAGGUGCUAAGAAGAGAUCCGGUAUCUCAUCGACUAUAGUCGAUGGAUGGUCUUUCGAUUUUCGAGCUCAUGAUCGAUCUCAUCCUCGAACAGCUGAUAUAUAUGCAGAAGUCGAGAAAAUGUCAAAAGAACUUAUUGCACAUGGGCAUGAAUAUGAUGCAAGCUGGAUCACACGACCAUUGGAUCCAGAUGAAACCGUUGAAUCAGUCCUUUGUGGACAUAGUGAAAAGUUGGCUAUUGCAUGGCAUUUUAUUGACAAUCGAAAACCAUCACGAAUUUUUGUCAGGAAAAAUCUUCGUGUUUGUGGUGAUUGUCGUAUGUAA